AUGGAAGUGAUAGACUUGAAUGAUGAUGGUCAGAAUGAUUUGAUGGAUGAAGAUAUAGAAGAUCAUGAAGUUAUUGAGAUUUCAGAGGCUAACAGAGGCACGCCACCAAGACAUGCUCAGUCACGCCGUAGAGCUAGGUUGUGGUUAAAGUUUACUAUAAUGGGAGGACAGCGGCCUGAUGGUAAAACCAAGAUCAGAUGCAACCUUUGUAAAAGGUUCUACUUCAUUAAGCUUCGCAAAAAUGGAACCUCAACCCUGUCUCGUCAUUUGAAGGUAUGUCCAAAAGCUGUUGGAACACCUGAAACACCUAGAAGUAGUUCUAGGAAGGUGGAUAUGAUGGUGUUCCGUGAGAUGAUAGCAAUGGCCAUUAUAGAGCAUGAUCUGCCUUAUAGGUUUGUAGAGUAUAAGAGGAUUAGAAUGGCUUUUACUUAUGCUAAUUCCAGUAUUGAGUAUUGGAGUAGAAACACAGCAGCUUCUGAUGUGUUGAAGAUUUAUGAACGGGAAAAGCAGAAGCUUAGGAAAAUCUUGGUAGAGUUUCCUGGUAGAGUUUGUUUGACAACAGAUCUAUGGAGGGCUAUCACCAUUGAAGGUUACUUCUGCUUGACUGCGCACUACGUCGAUGAUGAUUGGAAUCUGCAAGCUAAGAUAUUGGCUUUCGUUGCUUUUCCUCCCCCUCAUACUGGAAUAGCCAUUGCAAUGAAGCUGGUUGAGCUGCUCAAGGAGUGGGGACUGGAAAAGAAGAUCUUCUGUCUCACUGUUGACAACGCUUCUUCGAACGAUUACAUGCAGAGUAUUCUGAAGAAACAGCUGCACAAAGAUCUGGUUUGUGGUGGAGAAUUUUUCCAUGUUAGAUGCUCAGCACAUAUCUUGAAUCUGAUCGUCCAAGAUGGCUUAGCAGUGAUAGGAGGAGCUCUGCAAAAAAUCAGGGAGAGUGUUAAGUUCGUUAGAGGAUCAGAAAGUAGGGAAAUAAUGUUUAAAAGCUGUGUUGAAACAGUGGGAGUUGAGGAUGAUGAAGGAGGUCUGGUCUUAGAUGUAAGCACACGCUGGAAUUCUACUUUCCUCAUGCUUUCUAGAGCUUUAAAGUUCAGAAAUGCACUAAGUCACUUGGCAGAUGUAGAAGAAAGUUAUGUGAGUUUUCCCUCUUAUUCUGAGUGGAGGAGAGUGGAAAUGUUAUCCGAGCUUUUGAAACCAUUUUCGGAGAUUACUGAUUUGAUUUCGGGUUCCUCAUACCCAACAUCAAAUUUGUAUUUCAAUGAAAUUUGGAUGAUUGAGUGUUGGUUGAGAGCUCAUGCAAAUUCUUCUGAUCAAGUUAUCUGUGAAAUGGGAUUCUACGCCUUCUUUUCUCAGAAAGCUGUUGGCAGUGGCAAGUCUGCUCUCGACAUAUAUCUGGAUGAGCCAUUGCUUGACUACGCCGCUCACAAGAAACUAAAUGUGUUACAUUACUGGAGAGACAAUUCGGCUCGGUUCAGAGAGUUAGCAACAAUGGCACGAGAGGUUUUGAGUAUACCCAUAACAACUGUGGCUUCAGAAUCUUCAUUUAGCAUAGGUAGUAGAGUGCUCAACAAGUAUAGGAGUUGUCUUCUACCCAAUAAUGUCCAAGCCUUGGUCUGUACUAGAAACUGGUUAAAAGGGUUUCCAGCAAUGGGUGAUGAGAAGACAGAAGAGGAGAAAGAGGAAGAAGAGAAAGAGAAGGAAAAAGAGGAAGAGAGUGGAGAAUCCACAGACUUGACUAGAGACUUGAGUUGAAGACUUGCUUCAGGCUGAGGACAAGUAUAGAAGUUGGAAGCUGAGAAGAAGUGAAUCAAUAAAUCAGAGAGUUAUAUUUUUUUUUUACAUAAAAGUAUAAAACAGAGCUAUCAAAACCAUAAAAUUGUAUCCACAUUUAAGAGAUAAUUUGUAUUCAGAAUUUGAGAGAUAAUGAAUUCAAAACCUUAAAAUUGUAUCCACAUUUUUUUA